CGGGCCGAUGAUCAGCAGCUUUUACCUCACUGCCCUUCUAGCAGCAUCUCACCUUCAGCCGGCCAACACUUUCACAUCAACCUCCGCAAAGCCGAGCAGGGCCACGAAAAGCAGCGGUAAAGGAGACGACCAGGAGAAACCAGCAGAGUCUGUGUUUUUAAUGAUGUAGGGGAGCAUUUUAAAGCUUAAUAUCUAAUUUAUCCUGCGUCUCACUGCGACAAGAAAACCCCAUCCGGCUGCGCAUAAAUAAAGCGCAUCCCUCUCUUAGAAUUUCGGAUCAAAUCUCCAAGUGUCAUCCUCAGAGUCCAGAAGGACGACGUUUGGUCAGCUCCGUGUUUUUGUCGCUGAGAUCGGGCCCGUAUCCGCGUCUGGUCCCCCCUCCAUCCAUCCAUCCAUCUAUCCAUCCAUCCUCAGCAGCAUCUUCCUUCAGAGCCGACAGCAGCAUCCUUCCUCCUGAAUCUGCGCAAUGGCCGACGUCCCUUCGGAGUGCAAUAUAAAAGUGCUGUGUCGCUUCCGUCCCUUGAACCAGUCGGAGAUUUUACGCGGGGACCAGUUUGUGCCCAAAUUCCAGGCAGACGACACUGUCAUUGUCGGGGGGAAGUCCUAUGUCUUUGAUCGAGUGUUUCCAACCAACACCACCCAGGAGCAGGUUUACAACACCUGCGCCAAGCAGAUCGUCAAGGAUGUGCUGUGUGGAUACAAUGGCACUAUCUUUGCAUAUGGACAAACCUCCUCCGGGAAGACUCACACCAUGGAGGGUAAACUCCAUGAUCCUCACCAGAUGGGGAUCAUUCCUCGCAUCGCUGAGGACAUUUUCAACCACAUCUUUGCCAUGGAUGAAAACCUUGAAUUCCACAUCAAGGUUUCUUAUUUUGAGAUCUACAUGGACAAAAUCCGUGACCUUUUGGACGUGACAAAGACCAACCUGUCUGUCCAUGAGGAUAAGAACAGGGUGCCGUAUGUCAAGGGAUGCACUGAGCGUUUUGUCUCCAGCCCCGAUGAGGUCAUGGAUGUGAUUGAUGAGGGGAAAGCCAACCGCCAUGUUGCUGUGACAAACAUGAACGAACACAGCUCUCGCAGCCACAGCAUCUUCCUGAUCAACAUCAAGCAAGAGCAUGUGGAGACGGAGCAGAAGCUGUGUGGAAAACUCUACCUGGUGGAUCUGGCCGGUAGUGAGAAGGUCAGUAAAACCGGGGCUGCGGGAGCGGUCUUGGACGAGGCUAAAAACAUCAACAAGUCUCUGUCGGCUCUGGGAAACGUCAUCUCAGCCCUGGCUGAGGGAACGAAAAGUCACGUGCCGUACCGUGACAGUAAAAUGACCCGCAUCCUGCAGGACUCACUGGGUGGAAACUGCCGCACCACUAUGUUCAUCUGCUGCUCCCCCUCCAGCUACAAUGACGCUGAGACCAAGUCCACUCUGAUGUUUGGACAGCGUGCUAAGACUAUCAGGAACACGGCCUCUAUCAACCUGGAGCUGACGGCCGAGCAGUGGAAGAGGAAGUUCGAGAAGGAAAAGGAGAAGAACAAGACCCUGAAGGACACCAUCCAGAAGCUGGAGGCUGAGCUCAACCGCUGGAGAAAUGGUGAGGAUGUGCCUGAGACUGAGAGGACCACAUCUGAAGUAGUAAACCGCAUCGAGUCUGUGGAAGAACGUCCGAUUCUGGACAACGACACCUCCUCCAUUGUGGUCCGCAUCUCUGAGGAGGAGCGUCAGAAAUAUGAGGAGGAGAUCCGCAAGCUGUACAAGCAGCUGGAUGAUAAGGAUGAUGAGAUCAACCUGCAGUGCCAGCUGGUGGAGAAACUGAAACAGCAGAUGCUGGACCAGGAUGAGCUCCUGGCUUCAUCCCGAGGUGACGGGGACAAGGUUCAGGCUGAACUGGGUCGGCUGCAGGUGGAGAGCGACUGCGCUAAGGCGGAGGUGAAGGAGGUGUUGCAGGCUCUGGAGGAACUGGCCAUUAACUAUGACCAGAAGAGCCAGGAGGUGGAGGAGAAAGGCCUGCAGAACCAGCUGUUGGCUGACCAACUGGCCCAGAAGAUGGCCAGUCUGAUGGAGCUGGAGGCCGAGCUGUCUCGUAUGCAGGAAGUGAGCGGUCAGCAGAGGAAACGCAUCGCUGAUGUCCUCAACGGUUUGAUGAGAGACCUCAGUGAGUUCAGCACCAUCGUGGGCAACGGAGAAAUCAAGCUGCCGGUGGAGAUCAGCGGAGCAAUUGAGGAGGAGUUCACUGUGGCUCGACUCUACAUCAGUAAGAUCAAGUCUGAGGUGAAGAGCAUGGUGAAACGCUGCCGUCAGCUAGAGAACAUGCAGCUGGAAUGCCACCGCAAGAUGGAGGAGACCGGGAGGGAGCUGUCCUCCUGCCAGCUCCUCAUCUCUCAGCAUGAGGCGAAGAUCCGCUCUCUGACGGAGUACAUGCAGAGUGUGGAGCAGAAGAAGAGGCUGCUCGAGGAGAGCCACGACUCCCUGAGCGAAGAGCUGGCCAAGCUGCAGGACCAGGAUAACUCCCAGAUGGACGAGAAAGAUGCAGAGAAGGGAGAGACCGAGGAUGGAAACGUCAAGAAGUCUAAUCGCCAGCAGGGGGAGACACACCGCGGCCUCCAUCACAAACAGUUGGCCCGUCUGCGGGAUGAGAUCAAUGAGAAGCAGAGGAUCAUCGACGAGCUCACAGACCGUAACUCCAAACUGGAGCUGGAACUGGCUCAGGUUCGUGCUGACUUUGAGCGUCUGAAGACUCAGGACACGACCAAGAGCGAGCGUCUGGAGGAGCUGUCAUUCCUGCAUGAACGUCAUGAGCAGACUAAACAGGACUUGAAGGGUCUGGAGGAGACUGUCGCCCGCGAACUCCAGACCCUCCACAACCUGCGCAAGCUGUUCGUUCAAGACCUCACGUCGCGGGUUAAAAAAAGUUCCGAAAUGGAGCCUGAUGAUAGCGGGGGGUCUUGCACCCAGAAGCAGAAGAUUUCCUUUCUUGAGAAUAACCUGGACCAACUUACAAAGGUUCACAAACAGCUGGUUCGUGACAAUGCAGAUCUGCGUUGCGAGCUUCCAAAGCUGGAGAAACGUCUUCGGUCUACUGCUGAGAGAGUUAAGGCCCUGGAGACUGCACUGAGGGACGCCAAAGAGGGCGCCAUGAUGGACCGACGCCGCUACCAGCAGGAGGUUGACCGCAUCAAGGACGCCAUGCGGGCAAAGAACAGCAUGAGGCGCCCGCAUGCAGCACAGAUUGCUAAGCCUGUGAGACCAAAGCAGCUGCCUGUUUGCUCGCCAACCAACCCCUUCUACACCUACAUCCGUGCCACUGAACACGCCAACACCUACAGCAACGCCCUUUUCCAGAGAGGUGUGACACAGCAGAACGCCGCCACCGUCAACUGCAACCCCAACUCUGUCCAGACCAACACAGUUUCCACAGCACUGGGCUACAGAGCAGGCAGAUAUAACGGAGACAUACUGGAGUCCUACCCACUCAACAUUGACAAUGGUAACAGCGUCAGUGAAACAAGAGACAUCAAUGACAACAGGAGUGAUGUUCACUGUGGCAGCGAGGUGGAUGACUCAAACAGGCACUACAUCAUUCAGCAGGAGACCGCUGCAAGUUAAUGCCAUGAGGAUGACCAAUCACUGUACCCUCCCCAUCUCCCCGUCCUGUCUGCAUGCAGCCUUCCUCCCCGUCUCUCCACUGCAUCACUGAUGAAGAUGACGAUGAAGAUCUGUAGCCCUGUAGUCUUCUAACUAGAUGAAGCCCCUCCUACUCUUACGGUGACUGCUCUCGCCCUCACGCCUGCGAUUAGGCCCAGGUUUGAGCUCCAGCCCCUUUCUAUUUAAUCAUCUCAGGAAACACUUUAAUCAGAAUUUGUUUUUAAUGCGAAACCUUCUUGUAAUCGACUAAUCGAUCCCUCAGCCGAUCAGUUCAUCAUAAGAUACCACUGAAGCUGAGCCUCCUGAGAUGGUUUCAUUGCAAUGGGGCUGAAUCCAUCCCUGAUUCCUUAGUACACACAUGUUGUAAAUAAUAGUGACAUAUACACCAGUAGAGGUUUUUGACCAGCAACUGUUUGUGUGAACGCACAGCCUCCACCGCCCCCUGCACACACCGACUUAAGGGCAUCAUGUGGAUGACAUACUGUAGGCAGACCUGACCUUUUUCUCCGUCAUAAAUAAGACUGUAGUGUGUAACGCCAGCUUGUAACAGAAGACCCACGUUCUGCAUGCAUGUCGCGUAGCGGGUUAGCUUUCAAAUCUUUGCAUGUGUCAUGAUUUCAGUCAGGAGCUGGUAUGCCAUGAACGAACCGUCUGACCGACUUUGGCAGAUGUCAAAGAGAGAGCUGGUUUCCCUUUAUCCACAUCCCAGUCUCAGUGCUUUAGAUUUUUGUAGGUGAUAAUAGAAUCGAGUCCUUAACUAACACUGGUUCUGGUUGUGUUGAAUAAAAAUACAUCAGGGAAACACAACCCUCGCAGUCUGUAACCUUUUGUAAAUGCUUUGAUACCUGUAGCGUCGCACCAGUACUUUGAUGUUUGUACAUUUCAGGCAAAGUUCUCCAAACCUAUUCAUUGUGGCCCUUCCCUGCUUAUUUUGUGAGUCUUCUUACCAAGCCUUAACAAAAGCUGAAUUCUCAUGAUCAAACUAUCACACAAUGUCAUGUGCACACAAUUGUAAUUACUACCUCCAGAACACUUACUAUACUUAUUACUGUAUAUUAUGACAAAUCCUGAAUUAGAGCAGCUUUUACACUCAUUAGAGAAUGUUUAAUGCAACAGUUAGAAGGUUUGUUUUAUCUGAGCAGAGAUCAUGUUAUCCUGUUCAUUCUUGCAGAUGAAAUCUUGACUGUAUAUAAAGAUCAGAGCUGGGAUGAAAACGUUAAAAUGAACAGAAGCUGAGUUUUGACAAGGCCUUAUAAAUGCAUACCUAAAUUAAUGAAAUUAAUGAAAACAUUCCCUAUUAACCCAAUGUAAUAUUAGCAUUUUUUACCUUCUACGUGUGUUUUGUCAAGUCAUGGAAUAGUUUGAGCAUCAGAAAGCACUUUAAAACUGUAUGGAAUGAAUGAAACUGUAGUGAAAUCUCCACUUCCCAGCUGAGCAGCCACCAGUUUGGGGUGGAUGAACAAGAGAGGCUUUUGUCUGCUCAGUCAUGCUGUGAUUCUUCUGCUCAAAAUCCUGACCAGCCAAUCAGGACAGGAGAAAGCAGCAUGUCUUGGACCGCAGAUAAAGACAUGAAUGUAUCUGGACUGAGAUGAAAACAGUUAGAGGUGUAGAGAUGUUGGACUCUGAAAGGAAAUAAGAAACGUUAGACCAAAGUAAAAUGAAAAUGGAAGUGAAAUUUCAUACAAAUGCACAGUAUAAUAAUUAUUAUUUACUGAAGUGUAUGUAAAAAGUCUCCCUUUUGCAAAUAAGUAAAAUAAAAUAGAACAUGGUACAUCCAGUCUUUAAAUGAAGGAAAUUACGGGGGGAAAAGAUGGAGGAUGGAGGAUGUUUUAAAACAGUAAACCAAAUAGUUCUUUCUACACAAAUUUAGUUUUUAGUAUCUUAGAUAAACAAACUGCUACCACUACUUCUACUACAACAUGCCUUUAAACCACUGCAACCCCUUAUUUGUACAUUGAACAUUAUUUUCAAGCCGAUUUUGAUCAAAAUCUCAACCUUUUGCUGAUGAGAUUUGACAGAGCCACUGUCAUUACCCACAUUUUUUUUUUACUUGAUUUGUAUAUUUGCACAUCUACAUAUAAAAAGACAAUGAGGAAAACAUCAACAUCAAAAAAGUAAUAAACAAAUGUGAGAUGCAUUGCAAUAAAGUGUUAAAACAUUAACUAAAUUAUUGAUUUCAGACCAUUUCAGAUGUAUUUUUGAAUAAGGAUAGUGUCAAUGUAGAUUACAAUGAUGGGGGUAGAAAAGACAAGUCAAUAUUUGUAAAUUAAGCUAAAAAAAAAAAUCUUCAAAAUUUGCUAUGUUUCUCAGUUGAAGUUAGUUUAUCAUGACUGCAGCUAUUGGAUCUGUCUUAUCCAGAUAAGAACCUUUUCUGUAAAGUGAUGAAUCCUCCCGACAUAUCUGAUCCUUAACAUCGACCAUAGUCUUAACCACCGCUCAGCCUCAUGUUCUUACUGGCAUUAACAACAUCUCAGGGCUUUAUAUCCACAAUCACACCCGCAUCAGGCCAUCACUGCUGUCUUCCUCGCAGGAGUAAAUCUAUGAACAAUCAGGUCGGUGUUUUUGAGGCUUAGCAGAAGAACAGGAAGCUAAACAUCAUUUUAUACAUGCAUAACACCCCCGUUUCACUACAUAACAUCAAAAUAAAAUAUAAUAAAAAAUCACAGCCUGGUCAGACUCUACUGUGUGUGUCCAAGCAGACUGUCUGUUUGACAUCAUGUGGAAUAAAUUAAAUGGAGGGGAGGGGGGAUUGUGUACCAUAUUGUCACCUGCUGUCCCACUGUCUGAUUUCAACAUAUCUAAAAUACAUGUGCUAUAUAUUGUUAAUCUUGUAAGUAAACCGGCGUGUCAUGACAUCGUAAAAUGCAAAACAAAGGUACACGCUAACUUUGUUCAGAGAAUUCCCAGAUGUUUGUUUUAUUUAUUUCUGUAUGCCUAUACUGUAGCGUCAACAUGAUUAUGUGAAGAAUCACCGUGCAAAAUUUCUGUAUAUAUAGACUCAUCACUAUGCUGUACUGUAUGUGAAACAUUGUGUUGUAGUAAAAACUUCAAUAAACUUGUAGAAAGGA